AGUUAUCAAUGGCGCGUCGUCACAAACCAAAAACGCCGCCGGCAAAACAACGAUUCUCCGGCGUCGAGACUAAAAAAACAAAAACCCCGCCGGCUACCAAACAACAGUUCUCCGCUUCCGAGAGAUCAGCUCUCUACGCCAGAAGAGAAGCAGCUAAUGUACUCCGCUCAGUUCUCCGAGGUGACGCCGAGCGCAGAGCCGUCGCUUCCAUCAAAUCACUCGUCUUCAGCCCUUCCGUGCGCAACAAACGCGCCACCUUCGCUCUUGUUUGCGAAACUCUCAAGCAUCUUAAUGUGAUUAAGGAUGUUCUUGAAAUUGCUAAUGUGUUGAAUAGCAAAUGGAAGAGGCAAGAGCCAUUGGUCUACAUUAUUUGCUACGACAUCUUAUUUGGCAAGGAUACUCCAUCAAUUGGUGAUGCUGAGAAGUUUCUUAUGAAGCAUAAAGAUGCUUUGUUGUCGGGUUUAGCCACGCUUUUAGUGAGAAAGAAAGUUGAAAAUGUAGAUCAGUUGAUGGGUGUUUCUCAGCUUAAAGGUCAUUUAAAACCACGUUAUGUUCGUGUAAAUACACUUAAGAUGGAUGUAGAUUCUGCAGUGCAGGAGCUGGAGAAACAUUAUACGGUGCAAAAGGAUGAGACAGUUCCUGACUUGUUGGUGUUGCCACCUGGCAGCGAUUUGCAUGAUCAUCGUUUGGUUGCGAAUGGGCGUAUAUUUUUGCAGGGGAAAGCAAGUUCGAUGGUAGCAGCAGCAUUGCAGCCAGAAGCAGGAUGGGAGGUUCUUGAUGCCUGUUCAGCUCCAGGAAACAAAACUGUUCAUCUUGCUGCUCUUAUGGAAGGACAAGGAAAAAUCAUAGCAUGCGAGCUAAAUGAAGAACGAGUAAAGCGUUUGGAAAAUACUAUAAAGCUAUCUGGUGCUUCCAAUAUCGAAGUUUUUCAUGGUGACUUUUUGGGCCUAAAUCCAAAAGAUUCAUCUUUUGCAAAGGUUCGAGCUAUAUUGUUGGAUCCUUCCUGCUCUGGCUCCGGCACCAUUACAGAUCGUUUGGACCAUCUCCUUCCUUCUCACGAAGCAGAUAACACGAACUAUGACUCCAUGAGACUGCACAAGCUCGCUGUUUUCCAGAAGAAGGCUCUUGCCCAUGCACUCUCCUUUCCACAGGUUGAGAGAGUAGUAUACAGCACAUGCUCCAUCCACCAAAUAGAAAACGAAGAUGUGGUCUCAUCUGUUUUACCUCUGGCUUCAUCAUUGGGCUUCGAACUCGCUACCCCGUUUCCUCAGUGGCAGCGUCGUGGUCUUCCUGUAUUUGCUGGAUCGGAACAUUUACUCAGGAUGGAUCCGGUCGAGGACAAAGAAGGGUUCUUCAUCGCAUUAUUCGUCAAAACAAACAAACUCGAUAAACCAAAAUCGUCUAAACUUCCCGAAAGAGAGUGUAGACAAAGACGCAAAGAAAGAAGCAUGCAGUUACAUCCCUAUCUUUGUCCCAAAAUGUUCAGAGCUUGGAGUAAUUUGUUACACAGGCGCAGGAGUAAACCGGCAUUAAGUACCAACUCAGAUGAGUAGGUUCCUAUUAUUACGUAAUUGUCUUUGAAUUUUGUUUCUGCCUUUGAUCUCUUCAUGUUGUCAUCGAAAUUUUGCAACAAAGGGCAAAAGGAACAUUUAAAGGGUAAAAUCAGAAAUCUCUUUUAAUUUUUUUUCUCA